CGCUCAAAUUUCCGUUACUUUCUCGCACAUUCAUUUUCCUUUCACAUUAACUCGCUCGUUUACUCGCUAGCUCAGAAACAAGAUCGCCAAAAAUGGAGGACAUGGAUGAUGAAAUCGAUGACGUUCCUCAGGUUUACAUGGCCUGCAUACAAAAUGGUCAUAGAAUUGGAGUUUCAUAUUAUGAUUCCAGCCUCCGACAGCUAAAUGUGCUUGAAGUUUGGGAUGACGGGGAUAAAGGUUUUUCGGUUAUUGAUCUGGUGAAAUUUCAAGCAAACCCUCUGGUCAUAUACACAAGCACUAAAUGUGAAGAAUCUUUCUUGGCUGCUCUGCAACGAAGUGAUGAAGUAGCUGAGGCUCUUACAGUAAAGCUUGUGAAAAGUUCAAUAUUCAGCUAUGAGCAAGCGUGGCACAGAUUAGUUUACCUUCGGGUGGCGGGAAUGGAUGACGGAUUAGACGUCAAGGAGAGGAUUUACUUUUUGAGUUCCAUGAUGGACAUGGGAAGUGAAGUACAAGUUCGUGCUAGUGGUGGCCUUCUUGCAAUAUUAGAGAAUGAAAGGAUUGUAGACACUCUUGAGCAAAAAGAAUCUGGAAAUACAUCAAUUACAAUAGAUUCUUCAGCAGAAAUUUCACUAAAUAACUUUAUCAAACUUGAUGCAGCAGCUCACGAAGCAUUACAAAUAUUCCAGAUAGACAAGCACCCAAGCCACAUGGGAAUUGGUAGAGCAAAAGAAGGGUAGUUGCUGACUCAAUCUAGUAUAUUAUACUUUAAAAUUCAGUAACUUUCUGAGGUAAUA